AUGUCCGAGCAAAUAAUUGGGACUAUCAAGCACGCAGUCAUGGGUUCCAAAAGCGACAAGAUUGACCAACUCAAGACCACCAUGGUCCAGCCUGACGAAAAGUCAAGGAUCACCUCCGACUUUGGCACAAAGCAGAGCAACACGGAUAACUGGCUGCGCGUGAAUAGAGAGGAUCAGACAGGGCCUAUGCUCUUGGAGGACACAUUUGGUCGAGAAAAGAUUCACCGUUUUGAUCAUGAACGUAUCCCCGAGCGAGUCGUCCACGCUCGCGGUACCGGAGCUUUCGGUACCUUCAGACUCCACGAGUCGGCCGAAGACGUGACCCACGCCGGCAUCCUCACCGACACCUCCCGCGAGACGCCCCUCUUUGUCCGCUUCUCCACCGUGCUCGGCAGCCGAGGCUCAGCAGACACAGUCCGCGAUGUCCGUGGCUUCGCCGUCAAGUUCUACACCCCUGAGGGAAACUGGGACAUUGUGGGCAACAAUAUCCCCGUCUUCUUCAUACAAGAUGCCAUCAAGUUUCCGGACUUGAUUCAUGCUGGAAAGCCUGAGCCGCAUAAUGAAGUGCCCCAAGCACAGUCGGCACACAACAACUUCUGGGACUUUAUGUACAUGCACUCCGAGGCGACGCAUAUGUACUUCUGGACCAUGUCCGACCGAGCCAUCCCUCGCUCCUUUCGCAUGAUGCAGGGAUUCGGCGUCAACACUUACACACUUAUCAACGCAAAGGGAGAGAAGCACUUUGUCAAGUUCCACUUUACUCCUGAGCUUGGAGUUCACUCUCUUGUAUGGGAUGAGGCCCUCAAGCUAGCGGGCCAGGACCCAGAUUUCCACCGCAAGGAUCUCUGGGAGGCUAUUGAGAACGGGGCGUAUCCCAAGUGGAAGUUUGGCAUCCAGACCAUCCCCGAGUCCAAGGAGCACGACUUUGACUUUGACAUUCUCGAUGCCACCAAAGUCUGGCCUGAGGAUCUCAUCCCCGUCCGCUACAUCGGUGAACUGGAGCUCAACCGGAACGUCGACGAAUUCUUUACCCAGACUGAGCAGGCCGCCUUCUGUACCAGUCAUGUCGUUCCUGGUAUUGGCUUCUCCGACGACCCCCUCCUCCAAGGCCGAAACUUUUCCUACUCUGAUACUCAACUCAGUAGACUUGGCGUCAACUGGCAGGAGUUGCCCAUCAACAGGCCUGUAUGCCCUGUCAUGAACUUUAACCGCGACGGCGCCAUGCGACAUACGAUUGCCAAGGGCAAGGUCAAUUAUUGGCCAAACAGAUAUGGCUACCAGCCGGCAGCUACCAAGGAAGAAGGUGGUUAUAUCGACUAUGCGCAAAAGGUCCAGGGGAUCAAGGAGCGAGCAUUGAGCGCCAAGUUCAAGGACCACACGUCUCAAGCCCAGCUGUUCUACAACUCGCUCUCUGAGCCAGAGAGAGCGCAUCUCCAGGCAGCCCUCUCGUUUGAACUGGAUCACUGCGACGAGCCCAUUGUCUAUGAACGACUCACCCAGCGACUGUCAGAGGUUGACGGAGUUCUUGCAGAGCUUGUCGCGGACAUGGUUGGAGGCAAGAAGCCAGAGGGAGGUAAAGCAAACCCUGGAAAGACAGCCAAGAAUCUUAGUCAGAUGGACUUCCUCCCUGAGACCCCUACGAUCGCCACCCGCCGUGUUGGAAUCAUCGUCGCAGACGGCUACGACCCCAUCGCCUUCAACGCCGUGUAUGGGGCCAUCAAGGCCCAAAAUGCCAUUCCUUUUGUCAUCGCACCGCGCCGCUCAGCAAUUUUCUCAGCAGACGAGAACCCAGACUCAUCCAAAGGCAUCGUUCCUGAUCACCACCUCGAAGGCCAGCGCAGCACAAUGUUUGACGCCCUAUUCAUCCCCGGCGGCGAAAGAUCCAUCCAGACGCUUGCCAAGGUCGGUCGUGCCCGGCACUACAUCCGUGAAGCAUUUGGUCAUCUCAAGGCAAUUGGCGGUACGGGUGAAGGUGUCCAGUUGAUUGAGAAUGCUAUCCAACUCCCCGAGGUUUCCCUCUCAGAGGCAGAUAACGGCGAUGUGGUGGAAAGCUAUGGCGUUGUGACGCUCAGGAACGCGCGACCCGAGAGUCUGAAGGAGAUUGUUACUGUUGCAAAGAAUGCAAAGGGAUUUUUGGAACAGUUUGUGUAUGCUAUUAGCCAGCAUCGUUGCUGGCAGCGAGAGUUGGACGGGCUGAAUGCCAUGGUGGCGUAUUAA